GUAAAUCCGAUCUCGUUUUAUAUUCCGCACUCGCUUCUAUCGAUUUUUACAGAGGCAAAAUCUGUCCUCUCCUCUAAACCAGCAAGAGAGGAAGCCUUAAUCAGCUGGGUUGCUCCAAGAUCAGGGUGGUGGAAAGUUAACAUAGAUGGAGCAGCUCAAAGUAACCCGAGAAUGGCCACAGCAGGGGGAGUUAUUCGUAAUUGCUACGGGGACUGGAUUGGGGGGUUUUGCAUCAAGCUUGGUACCGGUUCUGGGCUGCUGGCAGAGUUGUGGAGUAUUCUGCAGGGACUGCAACUGGGUUGGCGGAAGGGAGCUCAGUUUGUCAUCCUUGAAUCCGAUUCCAAGUUGGCGCUGGAUUUGAUCAAACAUCGCUCUGAUCAGGUGCAUCCUUAUUCAACAAUUCUUGGCCAGAUUCGUUGUGUCUUGGCUCAAGGCUGGGUGGUUCAACUGGUUCAUACGUACAGGGAAGGGAAUAGAGUCGCAGACUGGCUCUCGAAGCACAGUCUCGUCUAUCAUUUCGGUACGUAUGAAUUAGAUAAUCCUCCAGCAAAUUUGGAUGUGAUAUUACGCGAGGAUAUGAUGGGAAUAAGUUUUCCGAGGCAAGUGCUCCAGGACAGCGAGCUUUAAUCAGUUAAUGUUUAGGAGCUUUGUUUCAGAUUUCAGGCUGGAUACGUCUACUGCUGCUUUUCUUUCUCCCUUCUGUGUUGUGAGUUUGCAGUAGGCUUGUUACUGCAUCUCGUCUGGUUUCACUCUACGGGGUGACCAAUCCUUUGAUUUUGUACUUGGGUAACUCUGGCUGUUUUCUAGCCUCCCUCUAAUAAAAAAAAUUACCGAGA